AUGGCCCUAGCUGGACCAUUAACCAAAGUGACGAUUUGUAAGGACAAAGAAGGAAAACCUAAGUCUUUUGGAUUUGUCUGCUUUAAGCACAAAGAAUCAGUGCCUUAUGCAAUAGCUCUGCUGAAUGGAAUCCGUUUGUAUGGAAGACCAAUUAAAGUGCAGUAUCGGUUUGGGAGUUCUCACUCAUCAGAACUAAACAGCCCUACGCAUGGUUUUGAGAACUAUAUUGACUUAUAUUCACCUUCAUAUAGGUAUCAAGAGCCUUAUGGAAAUCCUCCAUUUCCUGUUACUCCUUUUCCAAUGAACAAUAGUUUACCUCAUGAAUAUUCAGGCUUUCAAAAGAUGAUGAACCAUUUUUUAGCACAGCGGUACACAGUACAGAGUCCAAUGGGUCAACAAUUUCCUUACUAUCAGAUGACUCCAUCACUGCCUUCAAAUUUAUCCUUUUCUCCCUAUCAGAAUCAAGCUGCAAAUUUUAAGUCUGCACAGAGUUCUUUUGAAUUGGCCCUGCCACAUUCAAGUGACUGUGAAGUGCACCAGGUGGAUGAAAGCACCUCUAAAAGAAAGAAACAACAGCAAAGUUGUGACAGUGACACUAGUAUUGAGGAUGACAAAAUGAGACAAAGAGAGCGUGACCGAAAAUUCAAGAAGCGUAAAGCCAAGAAAAAGACGCAUUAAUACUGUGUAACUGGAUUCAUCUUUUUUUAUUAUUUGCUAUUUUUAUUUGAGAGAAAUCUAAUCUUUCAUCUUUGCACUUUAUUAAAAAAGGAAUGCUCAAGAUUCAUAUUAUAUUUGAAAUGUGUUAUGCAUAAAGUAUACUGAUACUUUAUUUAAUCUCAACCUAUUUAAAGAGGAAAGUACUAGGGUAUAGGAAACAUUUAAGAAGAUAAAGUUUUUCUAAUAAAAG